UGGAGAAAACAAGGAAGAUGUUAAGAAAAAAAUUGCAAAUUUUAAGCGAUAGAAAUUGAAAUCUUACACGCUAUUAAGCAUUAUAAAAAGUAGUUCUAAUUUUACUACGAAGAAAAUAUUUUCAUGUUUGAACUUCGCAGUAAGCUCUACUUGCGCUGAACAGCUAUAUAAAAAUAUUGUAUCAAUUGCAUAAGUGUAUGAUUUACGACGUAAGAAAUUUUUUUAGAGAUGAAUCUUUACCACAAACUUUACAUUUACGUUAAGCUACGUGUUAGCAACACAGUAUCGGUGGAGGUAUUGGAAAGGCUGGCAAGAUUGGCCUUCUGAUACACAAGUUGGUGGGGAUAUACUUAGCAACAAAACUUCAUCUCUUUCGAGUCUCGUCAAUACUACUGUUGCAGUUUGGUGAGAGCAGUUGUGCUAAGAAUGAAGCAUUUAAUAUCAGGAAUCCUUCUCUGUGCAAUCGGCGUGUCAUUAGGCGAUGUCGAAUCGGACUUUAAGAAGGCAAAGAUCGAGCCUGACAUUAUAGACAAAGCACCAAUCGAAAAAAUCGAGGUAAAAUAUGGUGAUAAAGUAAUCGAUUUGGGAACGGAGCUGACGCCAACCGAAGCUCACGAGAUUCCUGAAAUACAUUACAAACACGAGGGUGGAGUUUUAUAUACACUUGUUAUGACGGAUCCCGAUGUGCCGAGAAGGGGAGGCUACAAUCGAGAGUUUCGACAUUGGCUCGUGGGCAAUAUACCGGAGGAAAAUAUAGCUAAAGGUGAAAUUUUAGCGGAAUACGUCGGCCCCGCCCCGCCGAAGAAUACGGGAAAGCACCGCUACGUGUUUCUCAUCUACAAACAGAAUCAGGGUGCCAUUACUUUUGACGAAAGAAGAUUGAGUACUUGGGACGGAAGUCAGCGGAAGAGGUUCUCCAUAAAGAAAUUUGCGGAAAAGUAUAAUUUGGAGGGUCCAAUCGCUGGUAACUUUAUGAUGGCGGAGUAUGAUGACAAUGUACCUGCUUAUCACAAGCAUUUGAAUCUUUGAUCAACUCGCACGUAUAUAUACGGAUUCAAUUCUUUCUUUUUUCAAAUAAGUAAAAGUAGAUACGUAGAUUUCAUAUAUUAGGUGUAGUAAAAAGUAAUCCAUUAUUUUUGCAUUAAAUUGAAGGCUUUAUUUAGCAUAGUUAGAAUGAUCCGAUUUAGGUCAAAUAUGCACCGUUUUGUUCGAUAACUUGUUGCCAUUUUGAAGGUAAUUUCAUAAUGCCUCUCUCAUAGAAACCCUCGUCCCUACUGGUAAAAAACUGGGACAGUCGAUUUUCACAAGCUUCUCUUGAGGCGAAUUUUUCACCAGCAAAAUUAUUCAUCAUAGACAGGAACAGGUAGUAAUCACUUGGCGCCAGGUCCGGACUAUAAGGUGGAUGCAUAAGAACCUCCCAACCAAGCUCCCGGAGCUUUUGGCGAGUCACUAUCGAUGUGUGUGGCCUGGCGUUGUCCUGAUGGAACACAAUUCCUCUUCUAUUGGCCAAAGCUGGCCGCUUCAGGGCGAUUGCUUCCUUUAGACGGUCCAAUUGUUGACAGUACAGGUCCGAAUUAAGAGUUUGGCCGUAGGGGAGCAGCUCAUAGUAGAUGAUUCCUUGCCAAUCCCACCAAACACACAGCAAAGCCUUCCUGGCCGUCAAUCCUGGCUUGGCCACCUUUUGCGCCGGCUCACUGCGAUUUGACCACGACCGUUUUCGCUUGACGUUGUCGUAAGUGAUCCACUUUUCAUUACCAGUAAUCAUCCGCUUCAGAAAUGGGUCGAUUUUGUUGCGAUUCAGCAGCGAUUCGCAGAUGGAAAUUCGGUCCAUGAGGUUUUUUUGCGUUAAUUCGUGUGGCACCCAUACAUCGAGCUUCUUUUGGAAUCCAGCCUUAUUUAAGUGGUUCCAAACGGUUUUUUGUGCAAUGUUUAGCUUCUGGGCAAUCGAAACAGUGCUUACAUGACGGUCGGACUCGACGAUUUCCAUUAUUUUAUCAACAUUUUCGACAAUUGGCCUUCCAGGGCGUGGUGCAUCUUUGACAUCAAAAUUACCGAAACGGAAUCGACGAAACCAAAAUUGUGCGUGAUUGGCUGUUACAGUAUCAGGACCAUAAACAUUAUUCACAUUUUUAGCCGCCUGGCUUGCGUUUUCACCUUUAUCGAAGAAAAACUGUAAAAUAUGACGUAUUUUCUCUUUGCUGGUGUCCAUCCUUGACGUGCGCUCAAACAAUACUGAGUCAAGCAAUCACAAAACUGUCUCAGAAGUUUUUUUAGUUCGAAAUCUUAUCUUUCUAACGCCAUAAAGCGUGACCCGAUCGCACUUAUACAACGCGAGAUACUAUAGCGGAUUACUAUAGCCAUCUAUUGGAAAAAUAAUGGAUUACUUUUUACUACACCUAAUAUUAUUUUAAAUCUUGCACUCUGACACUUUUUCUUUUGGAGUUAUAAGAAUAGUAUUGCAAAUUUGUGCCAUUAUUGAAUAUAAAGAGAAAAUAAAUACUAUGACUAUGA